CGGGCGCGCGAGGGGUUGAGGCGGUGCCGGGGCGGGCGCGGAGCUGGCUGGAGGGCGGCGGAGGCGGUGCCGUAGGGGCCCGCUGAGGCGCGCGGGGGGUUGGCGGCGCCCGGAAGCCUGUCGCUUGUGCGGUCCCUCCGGUUCGCUGGGUCCGCGCGGGAGGCCCGACGGCGGGAGGCAGCAUGUCGGUAGCGGGGCUGAAGAAGCAGUUCUACAAGGCGAGCCAGCCGGGGAACACCAUCACUUGUGGGGAGUGCUGGAUGCAGACGCUACACGUGAAGGUGAUAAUUCCAUGGCGGUGCUGCUCUUGCCGGGCCCAAAAAGCUGGUCAGUGAGAAGGUCGGAGGGGCUGAAGGGACCAAGCUGGACGAUGACUUCAAAGAGAUGGAGAAGAAGGUGGACGUUACCAGCAAGGCUGUGACAGAAGUGUUGGCCAGAACCAUCGAGUAUCUGCAGCCCAACCCAGCCUCGCGGGCCAAGCUGACGAUGCUCAACACGGUGUCCAAGAUCCGAGGGCAGGUGAAGAACCCUGGCUACCCGCAGUCGGAGGGCCUGCUGGGCGAGUGCAUGAUCCGCCAUGGGAAGGAGCUGGGCGGCGAGUCCAACUUCGGCGACGCCCUGCUGGAUGCCGGGGAGUCCAUGAAGCGCCUGGCUGAGGUGAAGGACUCCCUGGACAUAGAGGUGAAGCAGAACUUCAUCGAUCCCCUCCAGAACCUGUGCGACAAGGACCUGAAGGAGAUCCAGCACCACCUGAAGAAGCUGGAGGGCCGCCGCCUGGACUUUGAUUACAAGAAGAAGCGGCAGGGCAAGAUCCCCGAUGAGGAGCUGCGCCAGGCCAUGGAGAAGUUUGAGGAGUCCAAGGAGGUGGCCGAGACCAGCAUGCACAACCUCCUGGAGACCGACAUCGAGCAGGUGAGCCAGCUCUCCGCCCUGGUGGAUGCCCAACUGGACUACCACCGGCAGGCCGUGCAGAUCCUGGACGAGCUAGCUGAUAAGCUCAAGCGAAGGAUGCGGGAAGCCUCUUCGCGCCCCAAGCGGGAGUAUAAGCCCAAGCCCCGGGAGCCCUUGGACCUCGGAGAGCCUGAGCAGUCCAACGGGGGCUUCCCCUGUGCCACGGCCCCCAAGAUCACAGCUUCGUCAUCUUUUCGAUCUUCCGACAAGCCCACCCGGACCCCCAGCAGCAGGAGCAUGCGGGCAGGUGACAGCCUGGACCUUCCCCCACCCCCAGCGCCCCUGGACCAGCCGAGCUGCAAGGCCCUGUACGACUUUGAGCCUGAGAACGACGGGGAGCUGGGCUUCCACGAGGGCGACAUCAUCACGCUGACCAACCAGAUCGACGAGAACUGGUACGAGGGCAUGCUCCACGGCCAGUCCGGCUUCUUCCCCCUCAGCUACGUGGAGGUGCUGGUGCCGCUGCCCCAGUGACCGCGUCUCAGUGAUGUGUCGGCCCGCCGCCCCUCCAUCCAGAUCUCUGCAUUCCAUGGGCCCCGCAGCCGGGCAGCGCUCACAGCCUGCGGGGUGGCCCGCUCUGGGCCUGACCCGGCCCCAGGGCAGCGGGGCCCCUGUUUACACUAGCGCUCACCCCCGGUGGUGGGGGCUCCCUUCCCCACUCCACGUGGCCGUCUUGGGGGCUGGGCAGUGUUCCUCCUUCCUGCUGCUCACAACUCUGCCCCCCCAGCUCCGCCCACCCCACCCCAGGAGGCUCACACUAAGGUGCUCUUAGAAACACUAACUCCUCCUGCCCUUCUGGGGACCGGUAACUCCAGGUGGGCCCCCCUUCUCUCUCUCCUCUCUCUCCUCUCUCUCUCUCUCUCUCCCCCUCCUCUCUCACUCUCACACACACACGUACACGUACACACACACACACACGUGCGCACGCAUACGCAUCCUCUCCCACCUCCAUCCAGCUCUGUCCGGAGACCUGCCCUUAACAGGAUAGGACUGAACAUUGGUGUGAUGGGGUGGUCUGGGCGAGACCCCUGGCUGAGACUCGCCACCCUGCUUUUAAAUCCUCCCCCCCUGGAAACUACCAGCCCCCUCCAGAGCUCCCUAGGCCCCUGAGUGCCUACAGAUGCCACCUUCCUGGAAGGGUUUCACCCCUUUCUUCUGGCUGGGGACUUGGGGAAAGACGAGCCUGGGGUUCUCAGGGGCCAGCGCCCCUAAAGACAGGCCAUCUCCCCCCUGCAGGGCACUAAGCCCCAAACACCCGUGCCCACCACCGCAUCCCAAGCCAAGCACAUGGAGCAUCUCUCUGGCACAAGCUGCCAGCGCGCACGUGUGUGUACGCACACAUGCACACACACACGACCACAGGAGCCCAGCCUCCACUAUGUGGAAGGUCAAGCACAAAGGCUUUGUUAAGUGAAUGUUCCCAGACCCCUGGCUGCUGGGACCCCUUGGGGAGUCACGGGCACCACGCUGGUGAGCCGGCCACCAUACCCUCUUUGGACAGUGGCCCAGGCCAUCUCCUUCAGACCAAGGUAGGCAGCUGCCCAGACCAGCAGGGCCCCAGCCCUGCACCCACUUCCCCUCUUGCCUAAUCCAAAACUUGGCUAAACAGGGGACCCCGGGCCUGGUUCACAUUCCCCUCCUCUGGUGACCCGGUAAAGCCCCCAAGGACACCAGGCCCUCCCUGCUGCUCCGAGAGGCCCCCCGGUCACCAGUACCUGGAGGAGACACAGACAUCCCAGCCUAGGGCAGAUCAAAAUGUAAUCCUGAUUUUUUUUAAAAAGUAUUAAAUGUCUCUUUCUACA